AGCAUCAUGUCUGGUAGAGGGAAAGGAGGCAAAGACGGAGCCAAGCGGCAUCGUAAAGUGCUCCGUGAUAACAUCCAGGGCAAUACCAAACCAGCCAUCCGGCGCUUAGCUCGGCGUGGCGGCGUCAAGCGCAUCUCGCGGCUGAUCUACGAGGAAACCCACGGGGUGCUGAAGGUUUUUCUGGAGAAUGUGAUCAGGGACGCGUUAACCUACACCGAGCACGCCAAGCGCAAGACGGUCACUGCCAUAGAUGUAGUGUAUGCUCUGAAACACCAGGGCCGCACUCUCUAUGGAUUCGACGGUUGA